AUGCGGCGUCUGAUCACACGGGGUGAAUGGCAGUCAGAUGCCCAGGAGACCAUGAAGACCGGCUCGUCCACCAACAACAACGACGAGGAGAAGUCCAGACAGCUGGAGAGAGAGAACAAGGAGCUACAGAAGAUCAUUCAGGAGAAAGAAGAGCGUGUGUCAGAGCUGAGAAACCAGCUGUCUGAGCGACAGGCCCUGCGAUCAAGGAGAAGAGCGUCCACUGUCACCAAUCAGAACCACAGCUCUCCCCCCCUCACCAUCCCCCAGAGUGAUCCCAGGUCCUUGGCCCAUCCUCCGGGGUACCCCGCGCCCACCUCCGACCCCCAUCCCAUCUCUCCAUCCUUCGCCAACUCUUCCAGCCUCUACCAACCGGACAGCAAGAUCAGCCGAAAUAACUGCCACACCAGCCGGCUGCAGCUGCUGUACAAGUAAUAAGUGGUGAACAUCGACGGGACGUGGACAGUAAUGACGUUCAUAGCAUCUCUACAUACUGUAGAGACAGAGAAGUAUAAACAUGAGUUAUGAAUUAUAAAUAAGUAUCUGUUGGAGGAGCUGACUCCACCAAUCAGCAGAGCCCAGAGGAUAACCAGUGGAAAGGUUCACAUCAAAGAAAUCUUCAGUGAGGAUUUACAUUUCCACUUGUUUCGCUCUCCGAGGUGAUCAACACGUUACUUUUCUUUCCUCUCAGAGAAAAGAAAAAAGAUGUACAUACAUCUUGUUAAUUAUAGAAUUUCUGUGAUCUGCCAGUGAUUUAUCAUGUGCUAUCUUGAGUUUGAGAAAAAGUCGCUCAGAACUGACUGUUUGCUAAGCCCUGGUCCCCACAGCUACAGUUGCUGACCUGACGAGCUUUCCAUUGUAAACUGCAUUAUGUGCAGUUUAGUUUACAAUGGUUAGAUUUACCUUCGAAAUCCAUGGUAAUGUAUGAAACAAAAAGUCGUUGCCUUUAGACAAAACAAGACAAAAGCAGCUUCUCAUUUUUGGCAACUGUUAAUUUUGUUGGCUAAAACCACAACUACUGGCAGAUUUCAUUUGAUUUAUUUUCUAAUUAUGAUCAUAGUGCAGUACAAUAAAGAAAAUGAAACAUAGAUGUAGCCUAUAUCUCA